GAGGAGAGGGCGGGGAUAGGGAGCCGAAGCGCCGCCGGUGGUAUCCCAGCUCAGAGAGGCCUUCCCUUCCUUCGGUUCUUGGCUGGCGAGGCGUCGUCGUGGUGGUGCUUAAUUGCGGCCUCUUCCGUGCCCUGUAGUGGCAAGAUGCCGUUAUGCAUGUGCUGGGCGGUAGAAGUAGUUCCUCCUGGUGCCGCCGCCGCCCCUCUGACCUUUCACCCACAGGAAAGGCUUAUAUCUCCCCUCCCCGGAUCCUAGCCGCGCCCCGGGGCCUUUUCUUCAUUAUGGACCUCGCCCUCAGAUUUAUGGGAACGCGAUGGAGUUGGAGUUGGAGUUGGCCCGGUCGUUACUUAGGCUGCCGCUUUGCUGUGUGGAAAGGCUUCGCAGCUUUGCAGCCUGGCCCCGCAGCAGCCAUUUUGUGUCGGCGAGUGACAGCGGGCUUGGUGCCUCCCUCCGACUGGUUGACGGACGGCUCCCCGGGUGGGCUCAGUACUUGAGGCCUGUUACUCAAAACUCCAGACGAAGUGGGCUGCCUAAACUAAUCCCUUCCUGUACCAUUGAACGUUGGUGGAUACAACGGCAGCAGCACACCCACCAGCCAGUUUGCACCUUAGAUGUCACUGGUCCCUUUUCUAAUUUUUCCUGACAUGUUGAUUUUACACACAGUUAUGUAGCUCCUCUCCCUCGGAGUGCAAGAAUUACUCUCGGUCUGUAAGAGGUACAUUAUGUAGAAGGGAGGAUAACCUCUGUUCUUAAUUUUAAAAGAUUAAGCUUAAUUUUCUAGUUCUUUUAUCCCAUAAUUUUGAGUAAUGGUAUAAAAGAUUACUUUCUGAUUCAUCAAUCUAUUUUUAUGCACAGUGUGGGAUCAUAAUUAUGCCAGAACACUUUCACUGUGAUUUAAUUAAAUUCUCCGGCUGAUGAGAAUUUACUGUGCGCUAAUCUUUGGUAAGGAUUUUAAGCUGUCAUCCAUAACUAAUAUAGCAAAGUACCUGGUUGCUUGUUUCUGCUUUAGAAAAUACUGUACUAAUUAUUUAACAUUUCUUCUUAGCAUGGUAUAUACGGUCCACUUUUUCUUAGGUUUCAGACCAGAGACAGUGCAGAUGUUACAUUAUGUCAUGCCCUCCAAUGACUCUCCUUAUCUCUCCCUGCAAUAGCAUUCACCACUGGAACUGAGUAUCUCCUUAAAGCUAAUGAAUCGUACAACUUGUAAAAGUGAAAGGGUCACAUUGAUGAAUUAAAAAUAAUUACUAGUUGCAAAGGAAUACUUGCCAUGCUGAUCAGCUCAUUAGAGGCUAGCAGAACUGGAAUUGAUGGAUCUGGAGAUGUUGGAAGCACUUGACAAUCUAUUUGGAGAGGCAAUGAUAACAGUGAUGGAGUAUUUAUUUUGGUGUUUUUUUUAAAGGUUGCUGAACUGCACAAUGUUGUUUUGCUGACUUCAUUUUGAGGAGAUAUAUAGUCUUCUAAAGUGCAAUUACCUGCAAAUUCAAUUCCUGAUAAACCCAAUGGAAAAGAUAUGUAAUUAUAUAUACCUAAUGAGUCCCAACCAUAAUAAAACUAGACACACACUGCCUCCUGGUGGUCAGAAUACUUCUCAUUAGUGAUGUCAAAAAGUAUCUGGCUUUGAAGUCUGGGAUGUUGCAUUUUGAUUCAAUAAAAUAAAUACAUGUCAAGUUUUCAUUGAAAAUGACAUUAAAAAUGUUCCCUUUCCCUUACUUAUUCUUAACAUGCAUUUCUUAGAUUGCUUGGUGGAUUGGAACUAUUUCUAUUCCUUGCCCCGUAUAAAAUUCUUUGUUUUUGGAUCUAUUUGCUUACUCUCUCUGUAUUUUUAAUUGUGUGUAUUAAAGCAGCCAUUGAGAUUUCUUAAAAAUUGUGGUCUAAAAAUUAUUCACAUAUUACAACUGAUAAUUUUAGUAAUAAAAAUUAAGUAUUUUCACUAUGCAAUGUGCAAUGUGUAUAUUUUACAGAUUAUUCCGAGAUAACCUUUCUGUUCUGUUCUUAUUGAAAUUGGCUUUAUGGUGUUUGAUAGUAAUUGCCAUGUAUUUAAAAACUAUUAUUAGAAAUCAGAAACAGUACUUACUGUUCUUUUCUAUUUUCCCAGAAUUUGGUUUCAAUACUUUGAAAAAUGUAGAUUCUUAAAAUGUACAAGAUAUAAGUACAUUUGAUAAUUCUGCAUGUAAGCAAGCAUUACUAUAUAGAACCUUUCAUAUCAGUUUGAUAGUUAAAUAAAUCAGUUAUGGGAAAAUGUGCAAAAUGAUGCACAAAUAUCUCUUUGAUAAUCUAAAACCUUAUUUAGCAUAUGAUUAGACUAAAAUUGUAGCCAGGUCCCCAUUUUAUGAGUAAUCUAUGCAAAAUAUCCAUAUGUACAGACUUACAUAUGUGAGUAUUAUAGUUUUUUUUUUAAUUUGCAUUUAUAUCCCACCCUUCUCCGAAGACUCAGGGCGGCUUACACUAUGUUAGCAAUAGUCUUCAUUCAUUUGUAUAUUAUAUACAAAAUCAACUUAUUGCCCCCAACAAUCUGGGUUCUCGUUUUACCUACCUUAUAAAGGAUGGAAGGCUGAGUCAACCUUGGGCCUGGUGGGACUUGAACCUGCAGUAGUUCUGAUCUAAAUUUUAAAAUUCAAUUUUGUAAGUUUCAAAAAUGAUAGUGAACUAAUGUGAUCUCUGAAACUUUUAAUUACUUAGCUGAACUUAUAUUCAUAUUGUUUCUAAAUUGUAAAAGUGACUCAUUAUCUCAAAAAGGAAAUUCUGCUGGAUAGGAUCAAUUAUAUUGUUGCAAAGAAGUUAUUGAAGAUUAAUAGAUUUUUCUGUUGUUUGUUUUUAAAAAGAUUUAUAUAUGUGUUAAUUUUUGCUGUUCUUCUUAUUAAAAAAAGUGAGGGUGGGUCAAGCACCCAUAUGAAUAUUUAGGUUUCAAGCAGUUAUCAAUUAGCCCUUUCAACUGAACAUUGCAGAAAGUAAAAUGAUUAUUUUAUUCUGCUGUAGACUUUUUCCAAAUAAUUGUCAUGAUAUUAUUUUUUUUGGAUUAAUUAGAAGCAUCACUUGUAUUUUUCUUGAUUGUUCAGAGAAACCAUUAUAUUUGAUCUAUAAAAUCAGAAUGCAUAAGCACCUAGUGACUUAAUUGUGUUCAUAGUUCUUUGUUUUGGAACAGACUGUAGUUGUAAACAAAUUAAUCUGGAAAUCAGGAAAAGGUUUACCUAUGUGACAAUACUGCAAUACAUAGUGCUGUAAUUUUUAUUUACUGUAUAGCAGAACUUAAAUUGUUGCAAGAUAUAUAUAUAACUUAAAUUUCUUUAAAAUAUUUUAGUGUAAUUAAGUAAACUGAAGUAGCUAUUUAAAAUAAUUCAUCCAGUUUGUGGGCUUUCUAGGGUAGCAUUUGCAACAAUUAGAGUCUGUCUGCUGCAAUUUCAUCUGAGUCAUGGAUGUGUAAUCUGUGGCUCACCAUAUAUUGCAUAAUUCCAAAUCCUUUCAGGUAUAGGCUUUAAGAAUAGCCCAAAAAUAAAUCACAAAGUGUACUUAAACACUUCUUGAUAAGUGUAGAUUCCCCUUUUUUCUGAUAGUUUUUCUGAUUAACUACUCUGAUACUUUCUGUAGAUUUACCCAGGAAUAAGCAAUCCAGACUAAAGUGCUUACAAGUAAUUUUUAGAUGUGAUUUGUACAUUUGCCAAAAAUAGAAACAUAAGAAGCUAUAACAGGAUUAAGGUGUCUGUGAUGCUUAGAGUAUUAUGGAAUAACUAUUAGCAACUUUAAUCUACAUAGCUAAUGGUGAAAAAUUAAUUUCAACAAUAAUUCAGCAGUAUCUGAAGAUUUUGUAAUACAAUGUGACUCGGCUAUCUUUUGUAGUGACAGGUUUACCCAUUUCCCAUAAUAAGAUGAAGAUAGUGUCCUGCCAGAUUGGUAAUGUGUAAAGGUCUUUCUUUUAAGACCACCAAAAAUUUGCAAAUAAUGCUGACUGCUGUGAAAUUGGUUGUUGUGCAGUUCAGAGUGCUGUUUUCACCUUAAAAUCAUGUGCAAUUUGGCUUCUAUUUUUUGUAAGAUUGCCUUCUGUGUGUGAAACUGAUAUAUGCAUUCCAAUCUGUCAAUGGUGUUUCAUUACCAAUAUCUCUCUGUCAGAUCAGUGCCAUACUAAUGAUCUGAAAAAUAGUAAACAUAACUUUUUAGGAAGCAUUUGGAGGAUGAUGGGUGUUAGCUACCUAUACUAUUGUAAUGUAUUAUUACUAUAUUGAUACAUUAGUUUUUGGACCAUGAAAAAACUAUUAAAAGAGGAAAAUCAAUUUGUUUGAGCUGUGGAAUUGGAGAAGGCUCCAUGUGCAAUUUGGCUUCUAUUCUAUAACCUUGGACAGCAAAGGUGACAAGAACGUAUAAAACCAGGCAUUUCACUAGAAGCCAAAUCAUAAAAUUUUGCCUUACUUUGGACACAUGAUGUGAUUAAACUAACUGGAAAAGGCAGAUAUGCUGAAAGUGGUGAUUUAAAAAUGAGGCUGCUAGAAAACAUGUUGACUAGACGCCAUCAAAGCCAACCCCGACCAGAGCAUAAAAUAACUGAAAGAAGCCAUUUAAGUUAGGAAAAUAGAGAGAGAAGUGGUCCACACAAUCACUGAGAAUCUGACACGAUUGAACAGAUAGUAUCAUCAGCAUCUUAGUUGUAAUAUUUAUUUCCAGUAUUUAUAUUCUCCUGCAAUCCUAAUAGAUUCUGGGCAUAUAGUGGCAUAAUAAAGCAUAUAAUACAAAGAUCAAAGCAUAACGGAAAACAAAAAAGGUACUGAAAAACACUAAGGUCUAAAACAUGCUCAAGAAAAUGGUUUUGGUGGCGGUCUGGUUUUCUCCUUGAUAGUUCCUUGAUUAAUGUAUUCGUUAGCCUGCUUCAUGGUUAGCCUGCUGUCUCUUCUUUGGAAUUUUUAUACUUCUGGUUUUUUUUCCAAAUAAUUUUAUUGAAGAGUAUAAGUAGAAGAAAAAGUACACAAACUACAAAAUACAAAAAAGAAAAAUAUGAAUAAAAACUAACUUAUUUACUUGCAUAUCAAAUUUGUAUGGCCAUCCAUCUCAUAAGUUCAUUUCAUACGUUCAUCACUUUUCAUUCCAACUUCCCUCUUCAUCCCAACAAGUGCAAAAAAUUUAAGUAAUUUAUCACCUCUCCUAAGUUCCAGAGUGUAUUCUCUUCACCUCUUCUCUCUUAACUUAUCAGCAAAAGUCCAAUGAAGGAUGCCACAUAUAGCUAAUUAUCUUUCUUAACCAUUCAUAACCUUGAUUGAAUAAGCCAACCUUAUAUUCCUUCUCUAAAAUUUUAACAUUCCGAACUCCUUGCAAUGGAGUCCCAGAGGUUAAUUUCUUGUCAUCUUUUUUUUGUUCUUUCCCAAAAAAAUAUUUCAAAACUUUUGUAGGUGUCUUUUGGGCAUACAGUAAGAGGACUUCUUUUUUUUUUGGUCACUUUUCAAAAAAGUGUUCAAGACGUUAGCAUAUCAUCUCUUUUCUGGAUUAUUGCUUGGAUGAAGCAUAAUCCUAUUUCAUUUGUAAAUCAACUACAUCAUUUUCUGUAUGCUGUUUGCUUGCUACAUUUAUAUCUAAACUCAGAUUUAUUUCAAAUUUAUCCUGAAUAAUUUGUUGUUCUCUUACUUCCUUAACAAUCCAUCUAUUCAUCAUUUCUAAAUAUUUCAAGAUCAAUUUUCAUAAAUUUUCAUCAGAACACACUGUUAAAAUAUUUUACAUUUUUUAUUCAGUUGUCCUCUUUUUUAUAUUCCAGCUAUUUCUAGUGUCCAUUACCUUGUUUGACCUAAGAAAACCCAUGAAGUUCCACUUUCCUGUGAAAGGAAUUCUAAUAAUUUAAAAUUACAAAUCAAAGUCCACCUGAAUCGUAAAUCUGUUGCUAAUUUUCCACAAUCAAUAAUCUGAGCACUCUUUUUGCUUUUUUUUAUCCAAAAACUUACAUUUUUAAAAGUUUAAAAUUGAAUUUAAAAAUUAUUUGUAAGUUGAAGGCAAUUCACCUAAAUGAAGUAUAACUUGAUGUUCCAAAAUGUCUCAAACAUCCCAGGUCAUGCGAUAACUUGCGAUUUUCCCACUCAGCUUCCAGCAAGCAAAGUCAAUGAGGGAAGCUGGAUUUGCUUAACGACCGCAAGAUGCAAUUUACAACUGCAGUAAUUCACCUGCCAACCAUGCAAAAAGACCAUAAAAUUGAGUGUGACUCACUGAAUAACCACCUUGCCUAGCAAUGGAAAUUCUGGUCCCAAUUUUGGUCAUAAGUUGAGCACUAUUUGUACAAAACUUAGCAUGUUGUGCAAAUUUAGUCUCUGUUUAUGCAUGUAUAUAUCUGUACAAAGCAUACACAGAAAUGCAAGCCCAGGAUAUGAGGUUAAUGAAUAACCAUAUGUAGACAAUGUAGGUAGUUCUUGACUUUGGAUACAAUUUAGUUCAAAAUUUCUGUUGCUAGGCAGGAAACUUGUUAAGUGAGUUUUGCCCCAUUUUAUGAGCUUUCUUGCCACAGCUAAGUGAAUCAUUACAGUUAUUAAGUUAGUAACACAUUUGUUAAGCGAAUCUGAGUAAUUCUCCCUUGACUUUGCUUGUUAGAAGAUUGCAAAAGGUGAUUGCAUGACACCAGGGCCCUGCAGCUGAUAAAUAUGAACCAGUAGCCAAGCAUCUGAAUUUUGAUUAUGUGACCAGAGGAUGCUGCAAUGGUUGCAAGUGUGAAAAAUAGUCAUAAGUCACCUUUUUCAGUGCCAUUAUAAUUUCGAACGUUCACUAAAUAUAUUAUAAGUUGAUGACUACAUGUAUUGCCAGAGACAUAACAUUCUCAAGAACAAUAUUGUCAAGAUAAUUUUCUGAGUUGUAAAAUGUGGCUUUGAAAAUAUUCAAAAAGGUGAAUGAAGAAAAAUGGAUGCCUUUGAAUUGUGGUGCUCAAGAAAUUCAUUGAGAGCUUUAUAGAGUGUAAGAAUAAAACAGUCAAUACUACAUGGAGAAAAAUAGACAAAAAAAUGCUAAUAAAAAACUAAAGCUUAACUAUUUUGGACAUAUAGUGUGAUGGUAAGAAUCAUCUAGGAAGAUCAUCUUGCUUGGAAGAAUCAAAGGCAAUUGAAGACCAACAGAUAAUAUGGUAGCUAAAAGUAUCACAAUGACUUAGCAUGAAUCUAUAAGAUUUCCAGGAAGCAAGAUUCCAACAAAAUAAUGUCUAUUCAGUUACAAAAAAUCAAGAUUAGCUAUGGAAUAACAUGUCUCAACACUUUUAACCUUAGAAAUUAUGAAUACCCUUUUCAGCUACACAACUUAUGAUCGUUUCAAAUAUUCAAUGAAUAGAAAACUGUUUUUAUGAAGCGUGAUUUUUUAAUCCACUCAUACUAAACCAGAACUCUCUGGAAACAGAUGUAGUGAAUGUUGUAGAAUGUUGUAUAGUGUAUUAUAGAAAUACUUAAGGAAUUGAGAAUAUACGGUACCUAGAGAGCCAAUUUGGGGUAGUGGUUAAGGCAUCAGGCUAGAAACUGGGAGAUCAUUAGUUCUGGUCCUGUCUUAGUCAUGAAGCCAGUUUGGAUGAUCUUAGGCCAGUCACUCUCAGCCCUAAGGCAAUGACAAACCACUUCCAAAAACCCUCACCAAGAACACUGCAGAGAUUUCUCCAGGCAGUCAUCAAGAGCCAACAAAUUGACAAAGACAAAAAAGUGGCAUUAAUAAAGAAUUGGUUAUAGAAUGUAGUUUCUAAUACAUCUAGCUUUUUCUCAAGGUUAGAAAAUAAUGGCUAGAAGUAUGCAUUCUUAGGAAACAAACAUUUAUUGAUAUAAUUUGAACAAAUUUUAGUUUGUAGUAUACAUAAUACCACCAUAUAGUGGGCAUAUGCUCUUAAUGUGCUAUUUAUUAUAUUAAGAAAAAUUCUUAAUUGCCAUAAAAAGUAUCUCAUAGUGUGUGUAUAUAUGUUAGGGUUAGGCAGUGAUAAAGUUUCAAGUGAGCAAAGUAGUUUAGAGAACAAUGUAUAUAGGCACUAGCGGUAAUAGCUUUAUUAUUAUCAGUAACUACAAAUAAAAACACUAUGUUAAAAGAAAAAGGUAAAUUCAUGUAAAAUGGUAGACCAUUAUAAAAUAAAUAAGAGUUGAAAAAAUGUAUAAAACUAAUAGUAUAAAAUAUUCAGAGCUAGUUUGCUAAAUUACUAAAAUGAUUAAAUUAUCCAUCACUAAAAACUUCAAAUAUUUAAUUGUAAGUUAAUUGUAAUUAGAAUGUUUAACUUCUUAAGUGAUAACUCUAUUAACAUAAAUGAAGUAAUAUACAUUUGUUAGCUAACUUUGAUUGUUGCAUAAUAUUAUAAAAUAUGUGAUGAAUUUUAAAAUCAGAAAAUUAUAAGAUUAUAUAGAAAAAACUAAAUUGGCCAUUUUUCUGAGGUCAUAUCUGCGGUAAGGGGCACAAUAAGAUUAGCAUCUGUAUAUUGCCUGUCUCUUUUAAAAGAAGUGUAAUCGAGUCUUUUAAGUCUUGAAUAAAAGGAGUAACAUAGACAUGGCAUUCAUUCAGUUUCUUCUUUGUGCAUGGAUGUUACUGUAUUGGUAUGCCAUUUCAUUCCCUUCUGGAAAAUGUGAAGAUUGAGUCUAGCUAAUGUACAGACUCAUCUGCAUCUAGGCACAAAAUGCUGGUAAGGUAUUUGAUAUCUGACAAUGGUUUUCCUAGCAUGCCUAAGUUUCAGAUUUUUUAAGUAAAGCUUAGGUCUUUUUGUAAAUCUAGGUUAAGAAACUUACGUUUAUAUUUCCAGUAGAAUUUUAUCGUAGCCAAUUAAGGGCAAAGAAUUCUUUAUUGUCCAUUGUAGGUGCAUGGUGUUUCUUUUUUGAUAGUUUGCCUAAUAGAGGAGUUGAAUGAAGUUGGGACAAAUGUACAUCCCUGUUUCAUCACCUGCUGAGUGGAUAUUGUUGGAGAGAGGACAGAUUGGCUGAAUAGCUGCAUGGGAUUAAAAGGAGUCUCCAAAUAAUGAUUAUGCAUUCAGGAACUGAAGUAUAACAGUAUACCUAUGUUUCUCCAGAAAGCCAAUGGGGAGGCCAACAAGGAAGAUUUCUUCUUAUCUCUGGGACUGGUCGAAAGAGCUGCCUGCCAAGGGGACCUGAAUUCCUUCACUGGACUCCAGAAAUGGAUCCUGGAUGCUGGAACUCCAAGUUCCAUUCCUGCAGCCUAGCAAAGGCGUUUUCUUUGUGCACAGAAAGAAGCUGAAUUCCAACAGGUUGCAAAAACGGAGCUCAGAUCUCAAAGUUCUAUUCCACGCAUAGAGGGAAGCCAAAAUCCUAUGGGAAUACUGAUGAUUCAGAAUCAUGGCAACUAUUGAGGAAUUGGCCCAUCAAAUUAUGGAACAACAAAUGGGGGAGAUAACACACUCCCAAGGAUCUGUUACACAGACAUUAAUGGACGGAACAGCACAAAGAAUUCAGAUUGUUCCUGCUGAUGCAGGACUUUCCUUACCACAGCGGAUACAGAUUGUUACAGAUCAACAGACAGGGCAGAAAAUUCAGAUUGUGACAGCACUCGAUCAGACUGCAACAAGCAAGCAGUUCAUUUUAACAAAUCAUGAUGGUUCUGCCCCAAGUAAAGUGAUCCUUGCAAGACAAGAUGCUACACCAGGAAAGGUUUUUCUGACAACUCCCGAUGCUGCAGGAGGCCAACUAUUUUUUACAUCCCCAGAUAUAUCAGCACAGCACAUUCAGAUUUUGACAGACAAUUCUUCAACAGAGCAAACCUUAAAUAAAGUAUUUGAUCUCUGUGUUGUUUGUGGAGACAAGGCUUCAGGACGCCAUUAUGGAGCAGUGACCUGUGAAGGUUGCAAAGGAUUCUUUAAAAGAAGUAUACGGAAGAAUUUAGUGUAUUCAUGUCGGGGAACAAGAGACUGUGUGAUUAACAAGCAUCAUAGAAACAGAUGUCAGUACUGUAGGUUGCAGAGAUGUAUUGCAUUUGGAAUGAAACAAGACUCUGUACAGUGUGAAAGAAAACCUGUUGAAGCAUCACGAGAAAAAUCUUCAAAUUGUGCAGCUUCUACAGAAAAGAUUUAUAUUCGAAAAGAUUUGCGAAGCCCACUUACAGCAACUCCCACUUUUGUAACAGAUAGUGAAACAGCAAGAUCAACUGGAAUGUUGGAGUCUGGAAUGUUUGUUAAUAUUCAUCAGUCUGGAUUAAAGAAUGAACCUGCAGUACUGAUGACUGCAGAUAAGGUUGAAACGUGUCAAGGAGAUUUAAGUACUUUAGCAAAUGUUGUAACUUCAUUAGCAAACCUAAAUAAGUCCAAAGAUAUAUCUCAAAAUAGUGAUGAUCUGUCAAUGAUAGAAAACUUAAGCAAUGGAGAUACAUCAUUAUCAGAGCUUCAGCAAGAUGAGCAUGAAAGUGCUGAUGUUACAAGGGCAUUUGAUACUCUUGCAAAAGCAUUAAACCCAGGAGAAAGUACACCAUGUUCGAGUUCUGCAGAAAGUAUGGAAGCAAGUGCACAUCUAGCUGGAGAAGAAGCAAGCAUGAAUAUUGUUGAAAUAGAAGGCCCACUACUUACCGAUGCUCAUGUAGCUUUCCGGCUCACCAUGCCUUCACCUAUGCCUGAAUAUUUGAAUGUUCAUUAUAUUUGUGAAUCAGCUUCCAGAUUGCUUUUCUUAUCUAUGCACUGGGCCCGUUCUAUUCCUUCCUUUCAAGCUUUAGGGCAGGAUAAUAGCAUAUCAUUAGUAAAAGCCUGCUGGAAUGAACUUUUUACACUUGGUCUGGCACAGUGUUCACAAGUAAUGAAUGUAGCAACAAUCUUAACUGCAUUUGUUAAUCAUCUUCACAAUAGUUUACAGCAAGAUAAGUUGUCAGCAGAUAGAGGAAAACUAGUGAUGGAGCAUAUCUUCAAACUUCAGGAGUUCUGUAACAGCAUGGUGAAGCUUUGUCUUGAUGGUUAUGAAUAUGCUUAUUUGAAAGCAAUUGUCCUCUUCAGUCCUGAUCACCCAGGCUUAGAAAAUGUGGUACAGAUUGAGAAAUUUCAAGAAAAGGCAUAUAUGGAAUUCCAGGAUUACGUAAUGAAAGUAUAUCCCGAUGAUACUUACAGGCUCUCUAGGCUACUUCUCAGAUUGCCGGCCUUAAGACUGAUGAGUGCAACUAUUACAGAAGAACUGUUUUUUGCAGGACUAAUUGGAAAUGUUCAGAUUGACAGUAUCAUACCAUAUAUUCUACGAAUGGAGACUGCAGACUACAACUCUCAAAUAAUUGGUCAUACUAUAUAAAAAAAAAUUAAACCAGUUUCUAUACCAUGGCAAUCGUGGUGAUUUAAAUGUACAUUAUCUCCAAGAGAUAAAAACCAAGUUUUCCCAUGAAGGCAUAGCACAAAAAAUAAAGGAAGGUGCUAAUUCUUCUUUAGCAAUUCAUUUGGAAAACACAAUGGAAUAUCUUCAGUGGUACAGGAUGACUUACCUUUUAUCUGAUUUUCAAGAACUUUGUACAUUUCUGAUAAUUAGUGAAAAUCAAGAAGUGUAGUUCAUCCUAUUUUUGUAGCUUAGCUAUACAUGGAACUUGUGAACUCCAAGCAAAUACACAUAACUUAACCUUUGAUAAAGAGAAGCUUCAUACAAACAUUUCAACCUGAUACUAGGACAAAUAAACUUCUUUUCCAAAUGUUCUGGAUUCAGUAUCUUGUUUCUACAAGUUUACUUUUGUCAGUUUCAUUUCUGCUUUCACUUCUGAUGAGAUAGAGUUUCAGUUCUGGAUAACUCAGCUACUUUUUUCAGAAAGAGGUGAUUUUGGAGUUACUUAAAACAGGGCUUUAUCUCAUGUUAGUGUUCCAAAUCAGUGGAAUCAAUUACAUGUAAUCAAUUACAUGCAGUAAUUGUUAUGUUCAGAGUUUUUAGCAGUUGCCAAGAUUUCAGAGUAAACAUAAUCCUAGAUAUUUUAAUCACAUCAAGAAUUGUUAUUUUCUAACUCCUGUUAUUUAUAAAUGCAAAAUAAUUUGUCAUUGUGAUUAUGCUUUAAUAAUGUUUAUCCACAUGUAUCUAGGUAAAUUUGGAAAAGUUUAUUGAAUUUCAUUGUAUGCAACUUUAUGAUACAACACAUUCAGCCACAUCUAGCAUUAUGUGAGCAAUGAUGCUUGCACAGUGUUCCCUCUCUCCUUUUCUAUAUCCUUGUGUAUUCCAGGUUGCUCCCUUAUCUUAAACCUGGAGCAAAUUUGGGAAGAAUAUAGAGAAAGUAAAAGAUGGCAGUAGACCUUUUCCCCAGAUUGAUGCUGUUCCACCAUCAGAAUUACACUAAUGAAUGAAAUUACCACUUUUAUUGGAAAUGAAUUUAUUAAAUUCUGUGUCUUUUAAGAUUUAAGUUCCAGGUUUUCAUAAAAGAAUUCAGAUAAAAUUAGAUUUUUUUUUAAAAAAAAGGUAAUAAGUGAAUAAACAAAUAACCUUGAUGAAAUAUAUGUAUUGCAUACUAAAUGGUAUGUUCUUCCUAAAUAGCACUAGAAUCCUUAUUAUUUCAUAUUUUAUGUUUCCAUGUUUGGGUUUGCUACUUUGUAUUUUCAGCUUUUGAAAACUUUUCCAAGUGCACCUUUCAGAUUUAUUAAAAGUGUGGUUUUUCCUUAGUUGUUUAGUAAAGGUAGUUGAGGUUCAGGAUAUUACUAUACCAGAGGAUACUGAUACAGUGAUGUUCUGUCAAUUCACCCUUACUUUAGAUAUUCUUAAUCAGCAAUAGAACCAUCUCUAUCAAAUUAUGGACUCUUCUAAUUAAUAAAAAUGAAUUUAUGUAAUGUGACAGGUAAGAUUAUUUACUUGAAGGUUCUAAAAAUUAUUUGACUACAAGGGAUUUAUUUUAUAUAUUUCAUAAUGAAACACCUAAUGAACUGAUCAGUUAAUUUUUUUAUGCACACAAAAUAUAUGCAUACACUUGGGGACAUGCAGAAAUUAAUCAUACCUACAGUUGUAGUAGCUUUUGAUGUAUUUUUGGCAACAUCUUACAUAUAUAACUUGUCCUGUUUUAAAGCAUAUUUAAAAAUCAUUUGAAUUGCACACCUCCCUAAAUGGUGUCUGUAAAUCUGUUCUGCAGUCAGUAGAAAUUUUCUGAAUUCCAUUCCAAUUUCUCAUUUGUUUUAGUGAUUCACUUGUAGUGUACACAUCAUAAUGUCCCAAUUACUAUCUUAUUGUGUAAAUAUACUGUUGUAAAUGUCUUUAAACUUAAAGAAGUGUAAAUUCUAUUUUGGCUGUAUUUUUAAAAAAUAAAUUGUAACUUUUAUUAUAGAA